CUCCAUCUACUCCGUCGGCUCCAUCGACCCACUCAAGAUCUCCCCGCCAUUGAUGGCCCUCCUGCUUCAGCGCUAUGCCGUCCAUCCCGCCUUUAUUCAGGUCCUGCUCUCAUUCGGAAGGAACGUGCACAUCUCAGAAGCGGGAAGCAGCCAUAUAUGUGUCGAUGCUCGCGAUACCGAUACAUAUGUCUCAUACCAGAUCAAUUACGUUGAAGAGAAGAAACGCAAAUUCAUACCUUGGUCAUGGCGUCACACAGGAGUCUAUCAUCACCAUCAUCAUCCAGGACAAGGCAAGCAAGGAUACGACCUCUUCAUUUUAUUGCAGCCCAACGAGACCGGUGUCCUCGACAGAAGGAUUCUGAGCAGGCUUGGAAUUCUGGAAGAGUCCAGACCACAGCCAUAUCUGGGCCCAGUCCAAGGAAGAGAUUACCCUGUCCUACUUCACUCCAUUGUCUUGUCGUCCUUUAUCUGUAAUUGGCGGUGGUAUCUUCGACACUUGGGAGAUCGGUUUGGAGAAUAUAACGACAAGGCCUUGGUAGCCCUUCCCGAAGAGUCCACCCCCCGAGAAAGUUAUGAUACAGUGUCUGCCCUUCGCGACUUGAAUGAUUCUGCCCUACGCGCAGAGCUAUGUUGCCGCGGAAAUCUUGAUCUGGUUAGUACCUUGAAACUGGCCAUCGCCUCUUCACUGGGCAUGCAGUCACCUGCCUCCAUGAAGCAAACUGUUAGAGGGUAUGAAGCUCUGGAAUCAACGCUGCAAGGCCACAUCAAGAGCUGUGAGGAGCUGGUUCCAAGAAUCAGAAACGCAAUAGAUUUGGCUGGAUAUACGUUGUCGCUGCAUAACCAACUUGACACUGCCAAGGUCGAUCACGAACUGCGCGAUCUGAUCAGCCAUCUGAAAGAAUUACAACAGGACUCGGUAGACGAUAGUGCAGCUGUCAAGAUUAUUACCUUCUUGUCGGCAGUCUACCUACCAGGGUCGUUCAUUGUCAGCCUAUAUGGGAUGAACUUCUUUGUCUUUGAUAAUGAUGCCCGGCAGAUUGUUAUCGCGAAGGACUUCUGGGUUUUCCUCGCCACAUGGCUGCCGCUCACCAUGGUGACAGGGUUGAUAUAUGUGUUGAUUGUCUGGUUCGAUGCCUGGUGGAAGAGGAAACCAUUUCGCUUGUUUCAGCGACCGGAGAAGGAAGCUAUGAGCCAGUUGGAGACACAAGCGGUCAAGGGAGGUGACGUAAAAUGUGUGGAUAUUUAGUCUGAAAUUUGGUGCUCCAUGGAAGGUGUGGUUCGUAAGAUAUGUUGCUUCGAUGAUACCCAUCAGAUCUCUUUGAUACCUUUGGAAAUCAAGAUGCUGGUUCCGUUCCACAAAACCACCGUUAUCGCUCCUUCCUCCUGAUAAGCUCGCAUUAGACCUGUCGACUUGAACUCUCUGG